UCACCCAUACAAGAACAUCUCCUAGAGUUGAGGUUUUGACGUAGCAGUAGUCUUUAACGCAGACGGGCCAAACCAAGCUCAAUAUGCGCGCUUUUCUGGUACUAGCCUGCGUGGCGCUCGCCUACGGCCGCCCCGAGCCCCCGGUGGGCUACAGCUACCCUUCGCCCUCGGCCAGCUACGGAGCCCCCCUCGGCGGACACGGCGGCAUCUCAUCCGGCAGCCUCUCCCUCGGAGGUCAUUCCUCCGGCAUCUCCCUAGGAGGUCACUCUUCCGGCAUCUCCCUAGGAGGUCACUCCUCCGGUAUCUCCCUAGGAGGUCACUCCUCCGGCAUCUCCCUAGGCGGCAUCUCCGGCGGACACUCUUCCGGUGGCCUGAUCUCCGGUGGACACUCCUCCGGCGGACUCAUCUCCGGCGGUAGCUUCGGCAGCGGCAUCAGCGGCAUCGGCGGAGGUUUCGGUGGCGACGCCGGCUUCGGCGGAGGUUUCGGCGGCGGCUUCUCAGGCGCUCCCAUCGUCCAGAAACACAUCUACGUCCACGUUCCUCCCCCAGAACCCGAGGAGCAGAGGAUUCCCCGCGUCUACUCCGUCGCCGCUCCCCAGAAGCACUACAAGAUUAUCUUCAUCAAGGCCCCAUCCCCUCCUGCCCCCGUCAGCCCCAUCAUCCCCGUCCAGCCCCAGAACGAGGAGAAGACCCUCGUGUACGUCCUAGUCAAGAAGCCCGAGGAGCAGCCCGACAUCGUGAUCCCGACAGCCGCGCCCACCCAGCCCUCGAAACCCGAGGUCUACUUCAUCAAGUACCAGACCCAGAAGGAGGGCGGCAUCGGCGGCGGCGCUAUCGGCGGCUCGGGUAUCGACGGUGGUGCUAUCGGCGGUGGCUCGAUCGGCGGUGACGUCCUCGGCGGCGGCUCUCUCGGCGGCGGCUCUCUCGGUGGCGGCGACAUCGGUAUCGGCGGCGGCUCCGGCAUCGACGGCGGCCUCAUCAGCGGCAGCGGCAGCGGCGGUCACGGCGGCAUCGAGGUAUCAGACUCCUCGGAGGGCGGGCACGGCGCCACCAGCACCCAGUACGGCCCCCCCGGCCACGUCGCCGGACCCCUCCACUAAACGGUCCCUAGAUGCAGGUGGUAGGAUAACUGACAGUAUUUAUUGCUAAGCGAUUUUAAUAUGCACGAUUCGAAUGCUACGACUGAAAAAUUUAGGAUCUUUGGACGUGUCUAGAUCAUAAGAUAGAGUUGCUAACGACUGUGUUCUUGUUCUGUUUGCAAUGUUAUCUUACGAUUUCGAUAGAGUUCUUUAUUAGAGAUAUUUAUGAAGCUAUCUGCCACCUGCGAGCCGAUGAGCACUUGUACAUAGAUGAUUACGCUCGUCUGCAUUUCAUUAUCACCAUGUGAUCACUAAUUGUUCAUCACCGUUUUAAGUUGACUUGUUAUUAGUGCACGAUGUUAUAUGUUGUAUGAAUGUUGUGUGGGUAUACGAUCGUGCGGGGCGCGUUGUAGCAUCCUCCCACGGUCGUAUGCUCAUUUCGAAGGUACUGCGACUGUUAUGUAUA